UGCGUUGUGCCAGUGGCCAGUGACACCUUCCAGGGACCGGGCACCACACUGCAGGCGUAUGGAGCAAAACUGCCAGUGCCACAGCACUUGUCCGACGUCCUGGCUGCUGCCAAGGCCUGCCAUGCUGGGGCCCAGCUGAGGCAGAAGGCGGAGGAGGAAGCUGCGCCGUGGCGCUUCAUUCCCCAAAAAGUGAACAGACACAACUUCACAGCCUCCUGGUCCUCGUCUCAGCCUUUUGUGCAUGCCAAUCAGUCGUAUUGUCAUCGGCUGCAACACGACGCGUGUUUUCUGACAAGCAAUAGCCGGCUAAAUGAGCAAGUGGUUGAUAAAAUUAUUCUUCAGCUUAACAGAGUCUACCCCCAAAUCCUUACCGAUGCAGAAGCAGAAAAGUUCAGGAAUCCAAAGGCAUCACUCCAUACCAGGCUGUCAGAUCUGAUAAAGCACCUUCAAAAGAAAGGAGAGAGACACUGUCAGGAGUUUUACAGAGCUCUACAGAUCAAUGCUGAACAGCUGUAUAAUGACCUGCCAAGCAGGAAAAUCUUGAAAACCACAGAUUCCACAGAGGUAGACACUGACAAGGAGACAUAUAUGCUAAAUGACAGGGGUCCCGUGUUCUUCCUCGCCUGCUUUAGCGUGGCUGCAGGAUUGGCCUUGUUCUGGUACUGCUGUCACUCAGAUACGAAAGUCAUAGGAAGAGCCAGGAGAAUCUUGGGCUUUUCUCCUAUUAUCAUAGGAAGACACGUUAGAAAUAUUUGUAUGCUGUAUUUGGAAGACAUACCAAGAAAUUAAGGAAAAGCUGCCUCUUCGCUUGUCUGUACAGUAUAUCUGCCAAAGGAAGACAACGGUGCAUGAGUAUUAAUGUACUAUACCCUCAUACCAAAGAUUUUAUUAACUAGCUUCAUCAAUAAUUGUGUUGCCUCAAGAUGUAUUCAGAAUUUCAGCUAUGUCCUUCCUUAUGGGAACGGACCAUUUAUUUUUGUAAAUGCUUAUUUUAAAAUAUUUAUCGUUUGGAUAAAAAAAUAUUUUUACUACAGACUUUAAAAUUAUAUC